AUGAGAGUUGUGGUGGUUUUCUUGUUGUCCGUAGUCAUUGUGAAUGGUCAAUUUGAUGAGAGCUUGGCCAAGACGAAGUUGCUUCAGCUGUCGGCUGGAGCCUACACAACAACUCCCGAGAAAUGCGCGGCUGUUGCGUUUGGAGAUGCCAAUGUAAGUGUUUAGAUUUUACAAGGGAAAGUUCGCCACGUUGAGGGCACUUGGGGGAAAUUUAAAUACAUGAAGGGUUUUCCCCUUUAUUAAAGCAAAAGAAUUAUUCUGUCUGUUUUUUUGUCCGUGAAGCCAAACAAUUCUCAUUUUGAAAAAUUCGAAGCAAAAAAUCGGUCUCGAUUGUGGGAAUUUUUGAAAAAAUUUAAAAUCAUUUUCAAAGUUUUGGUUUGCGGAGCAGUCAGUCUCAAAAAUGCGAGUGCGGAGUGCGGUUGGUUUCCAGUGCAGGUGAGGGUUGCAGACUGGGUUACUUUUGCAUAUUUUGGGUUCAGUACAUGGUACGGUGAUAGAAAUUGUAGGAAUUUUGGUUUUUGGGGACAGUGAUGAAUUUGUGUUAGGGUUUUCAUGAACAAUUGGGAAUUUAGGGGGUAGUAUCAGGAACGCGGCCGGGUUUGGGGUGCGAGUGAGUGGUGCAGAGUUGGGUACUUUUGCAUAUUUUGGGUUGAGUACAUGGUACUGUGAUAGGAAUUUUUGAAAUUUUGUUUUUUGGGGGAAAGUGAUGGAUUUGGGAUAGGAUUUGACACGAAGUUAGGAGUUUGGAUACUUUUCCGCAUGCGAGGGGGCCGCAGGCCCCCGAGCCUUCCAGUCAAGUCUUCACAGCACUCAGUAUGAGACGUGGCACCGCAUGCGAGGGGCCGCAGGCCCCGAGCCUUUUAAAAAUUUCAAAAGGAAUCAUAAGGCUUAG